AUGGCGACGACGGCCAUGGCAAAACGGUCGUCGUGCUUGCUGGUCCUCGCGCUCGCAGCGCUACUACUUGCCGCCACCGUGCGCGUCGACGGCGGCGGCACGGCCGCCGCGCCGGCGCCGUCCGCGGACUGCACGGACGCGCUGGUGGGCCUGGCGGGGUGCCUGAGCUACGUGGAGGAGGGGAGCACGGUGGCGACGCCCGACCCGACCUGCUGCUCGGGGCUCAAGGACGUGGUGCACAAGGAGGUGGCCUGCCUCUGCCAGGUCUUCCAGAGCGGCCAGAACUUGGGCAUCUCGCUCAACAUGACCAAGGCCCUGCAGCUGCCCGCCGCCUGCAAGGUCAAGACGCCGCCCUUCAGCAAGUGCCACGUUUCUGUUCCUGGUGUGCCCAGCGCGUCUCCUGUUACUGCUCCGUCGUCCGGGGCCCCAUUCUUCGGGCCGCCGUCGUCGUCGUCGUCAACUCCUUCGGGAUCACCGGCAGCGGCAGCAACCGGGAGCCAGACCAGCACUCCAGCACCCUCCCCAGCGCGUUCUGGCGCUGCCGGCCUCUCGGCAACACCGCGGACCUUCCUCGCUGCAGCAACUGCUGCCGCGACUCUGUUCGUGUACCGAGUCUUGUGA